AUGCGAGAUUCCGACGGAAUGCUCGAAAAAACGGAGAAUUCAAAUGAGGAAUCGGAAAUUCCGAUAAAAGUGGAGCGCCAAAUGUGGACGUUUAUUGGCGAGAGGCUUCCGAAACUUUGGAGGCAAAAGAUUACGCCGCGCGAAAAGAUAGAUAUGAUUCAGUUGCUGGAAGUUCCUGUCAAGUUCGGCGCACAGUACGGUUUGGCGGAGCGAGACCGCAUCAAAGUGUGUGUGGAUUCGAAGAAUUUGGUGGAAUCUUGGGAAUUCAUCUAUCAAUCGCCGACAUCUUCUGAUCGGAGCUCGAAAACGCAAAAAACGCCGCCGUCGAAAUCGCGGCGAAGAAAGGCGUUCACCGACGAGGAGGACCGACAAAUGUGGCUCUACAUUUCCAAUAAACUGAAGGAAAACGCGCGCAUCAAACCGAAAGGACUCAGUUUUUGGCAGAAAUUCGUGAGCGACACGAAAAGCGACAGAAGCCCCUCGACUCUGUCGUCUCAGUUUGUUUCCCGGGCCAGUUAUCUCUAAAUUUUCGGCCAAAUUUCAGCUAUCGGAAAGUGAUAGCCGAGAAAUUGCACACCGUCAAGACAAUGGACCUCAACGAUCGAAUGGAGCUCUACUACAACCUUCACAUCCCGAUUCCCCUCGGAAUUCGCAUCAAGUUUGUUAUUUUUCGAUUUUUCGAUGCCGUGACCGAAAUUUACAACAACUUUUUUGUAGCGCGAAGGUCCAACUCGGCCACGACAUCACUGUGGAUUAAAACGAGGUGAUUAUCGGUUGGAAAGUGACGCCAACACCGCAUGAGCCGGAGCCGGAGAGCAAAAUGCAAAAGCGCUCGAAGGAAAUGUCACCGGAACGCAACUUGGAGCAAAAUCAGGAGGUUAUUGAUCGAAUUCGGAAUAAAUAUAAUUUUAAAGUUUCUCAGAAUUCUUCUGAAACACCGAAACGCCGUCUUUUGCGCAGACGCCUCUGCUUCAGCUCGAACGACUAA